AAAAUGGAAAGUACUCCCAAGACUUCUAAAGAAAAGGGCACCCAGAAAAUUAGUCUAGAGAAAUCUGUAUUGGAAGAAACAAGAUUUUAGGACAUGUCAGAGUAUCCUCUAUAAAAUUUUUCCAAAUAAAAGAGAAAUUGAGCCAUUGGAUUUAGAUUCUAAAAUAAAUCCCGAAUAUAGUCGACUUUAUAUUGAUUCCAGUGAUCUUAGAGAUGUAAAGCUUGCCCAAAGUUUCAAACACUUCAAGUUCUUUGAUAUAAACUCGGUUGGUUUUGGCUGUGUUGAUUCUAAAAAUAAACAUUUUGGAAAUUUCUUAGAAUCCUCAUUUCCAGAUAAAACUAAUCAUCUUUGUCUUUACUCCUGGAAUAAAAUGGAUCUGAAGAGGUCCAAUUACUUAAACCUACUGCUCAGGAUCAGUUCUAAAGUCCUCCAAGAAGUUUCAUUUAGAUCUUUCUGCAUCGACCUCCCCUCCCUGAAGAGGCUGGUGGCAACUUACAAACAUGUCAGAGUGUUAAGAUUGUGGGAUUGCAGGUUAUCAAUCCCAAGUGUUCCUGAUUUUUCAAAGGCUCUUACAAGCUGCCAGAUCCAGGAACUAGGUUUAGAUGGAUCCGGAAGCUCUGAUUGUAGUGACUGGGAGAACAAUUUCGACGGGUUCAAGAACUUGGUCCAAGGAUUAGCAAGUUCUCCAGAUUUAAGAUUGAGUCUUAAAGAAGUAGUAAUCAAUGGCUGCUGAAUAAAACAAAAUAAAGCUGAAAAAAUCUUUGAAGAAAACCAACUUGGAGGAGUUAAAAUAACUAGUAGGAGUUAAAUUUUAGUAAUUGUCUCUUUUAUUUUAUUUUGUUA